AAUUCGCACAGAGCGAUUUGCAUUGUCCGAAGUGUGCUUUGACACUCGUGACGUUCUUCAUCGUGCUCUCCGGAGUUUUGCGCCAGGCCACGCUUUUUUACGUAUUUCUCCUGCCCAAACACCUGCAUUUAUUCGCGACACAACAAAGACACUCUGCAACAUGUCCGGACGGGAAGGAGGAAAGAAGAAGCCACUGAAGGCGCCGAAGAAGGAUUCCAAGGAGAUGGACGAGGACGACAUGGCCCACAAGCAGAAGCUGAAGGAGCAGCAGAAGGCGCUCGAUGCGAUGAAGGCGAAAGCUGGCCAGAAAGGGCCCCUCGUGAGUGGCGGCAUCAAGAAGUCCGGGAAGAAGUAAUUCCUGGCAUCAUCUCUGACUCUAACCUUUUCUGCGCUUAAUAAAUCAAACUUUGCGACUUUUA